UCUUCCCGCGGCCUGCUGCUGCUGGCCGCGGCGCUGAUGGUGCAGAGCGCUCAGCUCGGCGGCUCCCGGGCCAAACUCAACUCCAUCAAGGCGUCUUUGGGCGGGGAGACGCCGGCCCAGCCAGCCAAUCGAUCUGCCGGCAUGUACCAAGGACUGGCUUUCGGCGGCAGUAAGAAGGGCAAAAACCUGGGGCAGGCCUACCCUUGCAGCAGCGACAAGGAAUGCGAAGUCGGGAGGUACUGCCACAGUCCCCACCAAGGACCGUCGGCCUGCAUGGCGUGUCGGCGGAAAAAGAGGCGCUGGCUCCGGGACGGCAUGUGCUGCCCGGGCACCCGCUGCAGCAACGGCAUCUGUAUCCCGGUCACCGAGAGCAUCUUAACCCCUCACAUCCCAGCUCUGGAAGGCGCCCGGCACAGAGAGCGAAACCACGGGCACUACCCACACCAUGACCUGGGCUGGCAGAAUCUGGGAAGACCACACACCAAGAUGUCACACAUGAAAGGGCACGAAGGUGACCCCUGCCUGCGCUCAUCAGACUGCAUGGACGGGUUCUGCUGUGCUCGCCACUUCUGGACCAAAAUCUGCAAGCCAGUGCUGCACCAGGGGGAAGUCUGUACCAAGCAGCGCAAGAAGGGCGCUCGCGGGCUAGAGAUCUUCCAGCGGUGUGACUGUGCAAAGGGGCUGUCUUGCAAAGUGUGGAAAGAUGCCACCUACUCCUCCAAAGCCAGGCUCCACGUGUGUCAGAAAGCCUGACUGUCACUGAGGAGAAGCACCGCUAGCAGACUGUGAAUUUGUGUAUUUAAUGCAUUAUAGCGUGAUGGGCAAUAAGUCUGGGAUACAGAGGAUAAAGGAGGAACGUGCUGAGAAUGUAGGUCAGAGAGAGAGAGCCGAAUGGGUUAGGAUGGGCGGCAAAGGCCACGCAACCAGAGGCUUCCAUCAUGCAACUUUGUGUAAAUAAUGUACACACUUGUGAAAAUGCUAUUAUUAAAAAAAAAAAGCACACAGUGGAAAUUACCGACAAAUACCAUGUGACUCUCCAAGAGUUUAGGUCGUGCUGGAAGAGAGGUUUUCUUAGAUUGGUGAUUGCCUGUGAAAAUAAAAGCCACACUCCAGUCAAGGGGAGCGGUAACAAAAUGCUCCCCGGGUAGCCCGGCCUGCAAACAUGAGCAGAGCUGUUAGACAAGAAGGAGAACUGGACGUCAGUUACGUUGUGCACACAGUUGCCCUUUAACUGUGGACACUACUUCACUGAUUAAAGGCCUCGGUAGACAAGGGGGAGAAACGGUCUUUUCCGAGUUGCUUCAAAACAACGGCAAGACUUUUAGCAAAGCCUUUAGGAAAAGAACAAAAACUGCAUAUGUACAUUUUCAAAAAUUUAAUUUCACCUGUAGUGAAUAAGAACUGGCAAGAGACUAAAGCAGUCCCUUCUGAUGCUGAAAGAAUGACACUGCAUCUCUCUUGACUGGGGUAACAACCCUGCAUAAUUUCAUUCUCCAAACCACACCCAUUAAUCGUGAUGAGUAUAAUCCAUGCAUGGGACAUAAUUUUCACAGACUGCAAAAACUUUGGAAAUGUCAAAAAUGUAUGGGAAACCAAGCCAAUGACGAGAUCCCUAUCUGCCUAAGUUUUGACACGCCCUGUGCUUUGCUAGAAUCAGACUGGUCCGUACAUGUACCCCGUGCCCUCUGCAGCAGAGCUGGGGAGAGCUAAGGAUAGAGACUGGGCUGCAUUUGUACUGCUCAGAGCUCCACAGAGAGGGGGAACUUUGCAGGCUGUCUCGGUUUUGGCAACACAUAGAUCGCAUGUCUGAGUCACAAGCUGACUUCUCAUCUUUGAUACCAGAGGCUACACAACUGAAGUGGAAUUUCUCCGGGGGAUUUGCUAUUGCAGUAUUGACGGCACAGACGAGUUCAGUGUAAGGUCACUCGCCCUUACUCUCCUCAAAAUAUUUAUUUUAUAUCUUUGAGGUCCUAAAAUAAUCUUGCUAUGAGGAGGGCUCAUGAAACAGACUCCCAAGGCAGUGUGUGAAGUUCAUUGCCUUCCAUAAGCUUCUAGCUGGUCGAAAGCACCAUCUGACUUUUCUGCACUAACCUCUCUCUGUGACAGCUGGUAUUUUUACCAAAGAUACAGUUUCUAUUCUAUCUAGCCACUGAGGUUAAAAACCAUGAAUUCAUAACUUGUAAAAUCUGUAAGCGUUAAUCUGUAAGAGUCACAGACUCUAAAUUCUUUGAAACCAUUGGCUACUUUCUUACUUAACUCAGUUUUAAAUAAUAUGUCUAGAGCAUAAGAGGAAAACAAGGCAAUCUUAUAACUGUUAUGUUAAACUUUGAUAGGCCACAAGUCACCCUCAAUUUUCUUUUACUUACACCCCACCUGCAGUCUCAAAUUCGAGUUCCAGCAGAAAUUGAAUCUGAGCCUGUGUACCUAUUAAGAAUUUCAGCUUCCCACAUACGUUAACCAAAAUGAUUGAAGAUUUACAUUUACUGCAUGUCUACAAAAACAAACAUUCUAUGCUAAUUUAUCCAAGAGUCGAUUUUGUACAAACAGGUCGCCAUAAGCUAGCGGACAUAAAAAUGAAACAUUUCAGUUCCACAUUUCCUAUACAGCAAUUACAUUUACAUUCUAGCCUCUGCAUUAUUUCCCUUAUAUUCACCCUUUUGAAAAUUAUUAUUUGAAGUAAUUUAUUUACAGGAAAUGUUAAUGAGAUGUAUUUUCUUAUAGAGAUAUUUCUUACAGAAAGCUUUGUAGCAGAAUAUAUUUGCAGCUAUUAACUUUGUAAUUUAGGGGAAAUGUAUAAUAAGAUAAAAUAUAUUAAAUUUUUCUCUUCCAAAACUUGAACUCAAAGUUACUUGUGUUUUGCUUAUGGGAAUAAAAUAACCUUCCUAGAAUCAUAGGGUCUGAGAGUUCUGCAAGACCUGGUCCGAUUUCACAGCCUGAGUGGAAAACAUUUGGACAGUAUCGCCAGGAGAUGUUCCAAAGCAGUUUGCUUGUAUCAAGGGCCACUUAUUUAU